UUAAACCUCUGUAUUCUGAAAACAUAGUACCGCAUAAAAUCCUCUGCCCUAAUCUCCGUCUAGCUAGCGUUAGAGCCGGUCUCGCUCGUCUGGUCGUGUGCGAAAUCGAUCAACUGAUCAUCUGCCCUAGUUUCCAUCUUCUCCUUUGAGAAUCCAAGGGCAUGUCCAGAAGGCUCUAUUGCAGAGGGCUACAUUGCAAAUUAAUGUAUGACCUUAUGUUCACGGUAUUUGCAUACGAUUGGCACAAAAUUCAAUCGACAUGAGGUUUAUCUAUGUUUGAUCAACCUGGAAGUACUCUGGGAGCUAAAGAACAAUGUGAUCUUGAAGAAAAUGAAUUGGAACAAGCACAUAUAUACAUACUGAAGAAUUGCGAUGAAGUCAUACCAUAUCUCGAAGAGUUUGCACAAACUCAUGUGGAUACUGCGCAGCACUUGUCUGAUGCAGAAUGGAACCGACAAUUUAUUGAAUGGUUUAAAGUUAGGGUUCAAUAUAAAACCAUCAAAGACUGAAAAUGAUGUGGAAUCAAAUAUGAAGAGUACAACCAGAUAUGCGUUCGUCCCGCCGGGUGCUAUAAGAAAGGGACAAGGACGAGGACGAUGGCAUAGAUCUUUGGUUGAUAAAGAGAAUAUGCCAAUUAAGAGUUUAUUUCCUCAAUCUAGUGAUCUUGUUAAGCAAUACAUCCAAACAAUUGAAACAAGUACUAUUGGGAAGGGACGAGGACAAGGGUUAAAAAGCUCUACCAUGUCUACUAGUCAAGGACCAGGAACGAUACGUAAAGACUCUAUCGUUCUUGAGAAAGAGUAUAUGCAAAUUGAUAGUCCAUUGCCUCCAUCUACUGAUCAAAUUAAGCAAUACACCCAAAAAAUUGAAGCAAGGAAGGGACGGGAGCAAACUCCUAGAUCUUCGUGCUCUUCUUUAGGGAUUUCUAAAUGUACAAGAUCGAAUUUUACCAUAUCUUCCAACCAAGAAAUGCGAACAAUGGAUAAAAACUCCUUGGUUCUUGAGAAGAGCAUAUGCAAGCCAAUAUUUCAUUGCCUCCAUCUACUGAUCAAGUUAUGCAAUACUCCCAAGCAACUGAAACAUGUAAAAAGAGUUCGAGGGAGGAACAAGUGCAAAGAAGUUGCAUCACUUGAAGUCGGACAAAAGCUGAAAGUAACCUUUUAUAAUAAUCGAACAGUUGGAACAAAUAACAAACUGUUUUUGAGGCACUUGGGAAGAAUCAUUCGUGACUGUAAUAUGUGUCCGUUGGGAGUAUCAUCGUGGAAUGAUAUUAAGGAAGAAAAGCUAAAUCACAUGUGUGCAGCUAUUGAGAAACAGAUUCAGUCACAGCAUUGUCUGUGUAAGAAGUGCAUACAUGGUCUCUGUCCAGAAGUACGAACUGGGCAACUUCCCUUGCUUGAUGUCUUUCCAUUUUUGUUCCAGCAUAUCCUCUAAUUGUAUUAUUAAGUAGCUCAAUGUAUCUCUAUACACAUAUGGCAAUAGAGCUGGCCUCGUAGAAUCACACGCACAUGAAGAUAUUUACAUGAUAUUUCUGUUGCGUGCGGUGCUUGUCCUCCAAAUUUCGGAGGUGAUCUUUGCUUGUACCCUUGAUAUCUCAGCAUAUACACUAAGUUUCCAUGACCAGCAAUGCAAAUGGGGCUGGUAUUUCUUCCUUUGUAAGUCUAUUGUGCCCGUAUUUUGAUUCCAAAACAAUAUUCCUAGCUUGACACAAAUGUUCAUAGCUUGGCUCCUGUAGUUUAUUCCUUUCCAUUCGAGCAACUUGGUGACCUCAAUACCUAUAUAUGUGAAGUGUGUAUUGAGUUAUUCAUAUGGAUGUAUAGUGUACUGAUCAACUGGACACUGAGGGAAACUAUGCCCAGUAUGCUCUCAUCCUUCAUGCUUGUGCUUAUCUGUAUAAUUUUUGGAGAAUGUUAACUGAUUCAUUUGUUAAUUGCUGUAGAGUUUGAAAUAACAGUUGAAACUAUAUAUAUGUUAAUUGUUGUAUAACUGCUGGAGAGUUGCUCCUAACACAGGAUUAUGAGUAGUUACUAAAACUGAACUAAUUCAUUAACUCAACCCAUGUUUUGAUU